UUUUGGAGCGGUGCCUGCUGCUGGGAGAAUAAUUUAAUUAACCUCACCACUCACCUACCUCACAAAGAUGCCUCCGACGAUUUCGUCGCCGUCAGUUGCGCUCCAUCCUAACAGGGGUACCCCAUCCACCAAGGCCCAAACCCAUUUUAUCUCACGUCUCUGCUACAAACAGUCAAAGAACCGCCAUCAUUUGGCUACAACCGAAAUUCAAUCUCUGCACUGAACUUCCAAGUUGUAACCAGAGAUUGGAGGCUGAAGCAUCUCUCUCUCUUUUUGAGUCAAAAUAUCAACCAAGUAAUAGUCCAUCCCACCUUCUUUCCCUCCCUCCCUGCCUCACCAACUGUAUGCAACCUAAUCUCAAUUAGAAUAGAAAUAAGGGUAAUCUGGAAAAAAAAAGAAAUAAAUCCUUCAGAAAUAAGAGAGAGAAACAGCAGGAGAGAGAGAUGUUUCAUGGAAAUAUAAACUUACCAGUUUGGAUAUCCAUUCAUCUGUCCUGUUAUCUUUUUCUCCUGCUACACAGCAUCUAAACGAAAAAAUAACGAAAUUCAAGAAACCCAAUUGAAGUUGAACAAUUUUCUCGUUCCUAAUGCUUCGACAUCUCAUAGUCUUCUUCUUCGCUCUCUCAUUCUUCUUCUCACCCUCCCUUUCCGAUCCACGAAUCUCCCGAGCUGCCCUACUUUGCGGAUCCUCUCGGAGCCAGACGGGCACCAAUUUCGUCCCGAUUUUCGUUAAAGAAAUGGAAGGUCUUGCUCAACGCGUCAAUGUCCAACGUUGGGGAACCCAAACCACCUCCUCUUCUCCCAGCAGCAACUCUCCCUCUAUAUACGGCCUAGCUCAAUGCCACGGCGACCUCUCCCUGACUGACUGCCUCCUCUGCUUCGCCGAGAGCCGAACUAAGCUUCCCAGCUGCCUUCCCGCCAACUCAGGUCGAAUGUUUUUGGAUGGGUGUUUCCUCCGUUAUGACACUUACAAUUUUUACAACGAAUCCCUCGAUCCUCAACACGACAAAGUGGUUUGUGGUUCAACCGAUGGUGGUAUCCUCAAAAAUGACAUGAAAUUGGAGUUUGCAAAUAAAGUCGGGCAAGCGAUCAUCAAUGUAACGGAUAUUGCAUUGUUGAACGACGGAUUUGGAGUGACGGAGGUGAAAAAUAGAAUCUUUUCGGUUUACGCCUUGGCGCAAUGUUGGAAGACGCUGAGCAAAAACGGAUGUAGGCAGUGCUUGCAGAAGGGGGGGAGUGCAAUCAGAGGGUGUGCUCCGGCAAGUCAAGGGAGGGCUUUGAACGCCGGGUGCUAUUUGAGGUACUCAACGGAGAAGUUUUAUAACGACUUUUCAGAAAUGCAUACAGCAGGCUCAGCUGAUACAGGUCUUAUUGUUGCAAUUACUUUGGCAGCAAUUGCCCUCUCUGUGCUUAUUCUUUUUGGCUCUUGGGUCGGCUACAGAAGAAUAUUAAAGAGCAGAAAAGAAAAGAGUAACCUCGGUAGGUUUGCAUCCACUGUGAAUAAGUCUAAUUUGAACUUCAAGUAUGAGACACUGGAAGUGGCUACAGACUUUUUCAAUCUCUCAAAUAAAAUAGGCCAAGGAGGAGCUGGUUCAGUAUUCAAGGGGACUCUUCCUGAUGGAAGGGUCAUAGCUGUUAAGAGGUUGUUUUUUAACACCAGGCAAUGGGUGGAUGAAUUCUUCAAUGAAGUAAACUUGAUCGGUGGGAUUCAGCACAAGAACCUUGUAAAACUCUUGGGUUGUAGCAUUGAAGGCCCAGAGAGUCUUCUAGUCUAUGAGUUUGUGCCAAAUAAAAGCCUUGACCAAAUCCUUUUUGAUGAUAACCAGACCCAAAUGAUAAGUUGGCGGCAGAGGUUUAAUAUUAUUGUUGGGAUAGCAGAAGGACUUGCAUAUCUACAUCAAGGUUCUCAAACAAGAAUAAUCCACAGGGACAUUAAAAGUAGCAACAUUCUCCUUGAUGAGAAUCUGACUGCAAAAAUUGCUGAUUUUGGACUGGCUCGAUGCUUUGGAGCUGAUAAAACUCACAUUAGCACUGGAAUCGCAGGGACACUCGGGUACAUGGCUCCUGAAUAUCUUGUUCGAGGGCAGCUAACAGAAAAGGCAGAUGUUUAUAGUUUUGGGGUGCUGGUCCUUGAGAUUGUAUGUGGUAGAAAGAACACGAUUUUCGUACAGGAGACUGGUUCUGUUCUACAAAGAGUUUGGAAGCAUUUCCAAUCUAAUACACUGCCAGAAUGUGUUGACCCAUGCCUGAAAGAUGAUUUUCCAGUGAAGGAAGCAUCAGAUGUGCUCCAAAUUGGACUUCUUUGUACACAAGCUUCAGUUUCUUUGAGACCAUUCAUGCCUGAUGUUGUUCAGAUGCUUACUGAUAAAAGUGUGUCUAUUCCUUUGCCAAGGCAACCUCCUUUUCUAAAUUCUACUAUCAUGGAUCCAACCACGUCCAUCAAAUCUUUUAUCUUACCUACUUCAUCAUCAGAUGAGAGUACAACCUUUAAGGCAUAUGAACCAAGGUAGAAACAGCAGGAGUAAUCAAUUGGAUAUGGUAUGUUAUAGCAGCGCCAUGAUCUCGAAUCUGAAGUUAAAUAUCUUUGGUUUGAAACUUUGAAAUCGAAAGACUGUCUGUGCAAAAAUCCUGCAGCUUUGGCAGUUUUUAUAUGCAUUCAUCCUCAGUGAAGCUUAGGAGCCCAUGUUGAAUUAAUGUACUGAAGAUGAGGAGAUGCUUGCCACAUAUGAACAAUAGAGGCAUGGCAAUAAGAUGGUAGACGUUAUGAUAUAUUACCGAGGACUUCUUGUCAUUUGUAAUUUUGUGUGGAUUGAGGGAGGGAGGCGUUCUAUAUUUGAUUCUCUUGUUUCUUUUCCUCCCUUAUUCCUCCCCAACCCCCAACCGCAAUAAAUAGAAAUGGAUGGUGAGAUCACAUUGUAUCCUUUUGGUCCCUCCCCUCAUGCAUUUUGUUCAUUCAAGUCUCAAAAUUUCAAUGAUCAAGUGGGUGAAUGAGGCCCAAAUUCUCUCUGAGUUCAUUUCA